AUGAGAUUGCUUAUCGUCACCUCCGCAUUUCUAUGCUUCGCCUUGGCCGCCCAGACAACAAUGACCGCACAGAAAGAUCAGAGCCAAAACAGCGGUGGUGGCGGAUGCACCACUUGCCAGCCGGGAUACUUGCCCGACUACCAAGGGGAUAAAUAUACGAAUCAGACGAGGAUUCAGGAAACCCAAGCCCUCAACAAAAAAUUCUUCGACUCCAUCGGCGGGGCCCCAUCUGCCCCUCCACUCACUCCGGCGCAGCAAGGAAUGAGCAACAGCCAGAGCGCCCAAUCUCCACAAUACUCCAAUGGACAGCCGCAACAAAGCCGGCAGGCUCAACCUCAGAAUUCUCAGCCCAUGAUGAAUUCCUCACGCGGCAGGCGACAUGCC